GCACACAUGCAGUUCAGAGCAGACUCGCUGCUGUGGCUGCUGCUACUGCCGCUGGAAGUUACCGAACCGACCCAGCGGUGACCGUUAAGUGCCUUCGUGCUGAAGUGACUUCCAGUGCCAAAGCAGAUAUACGGCGGUAGAUCUCUCUCGUUUCCUGGUCGACUACCGCCAAUCUUCGCUCGAGUUAUCAACGUGAUCGCUGUCGUCUGCCGUUUCAGCAUCGUGGUGUGCUCAGCCGCGGUUGCAACGGAAGUGGGCUGAGCUCCUGUGGGAAUCACCGAAUACAAAUAGAAUUACGCCAGAAUCAUGCCCGUUCUGGAGAGCGUGUCGAGUGCGACGGGCGAUGAAUCUCAGGACGGCAUCAUAUUGACUGAGAAUCAAGUGUACCCGCUCCGAAAGAGUCUCUUCCCAGUAGUCCCACCGACUAUCCGGUUCUUCUCCUUGACGGAGGAGCACAAUAUAGUCCCACUGCCAGUGAGUGUUCGAAAUCAGCUCAAAUGGAAACUCACCACCAUAACCCCGACUCUGGUCAGGGAUAUCGUCCGACGAUCCGGCUUCAAAAUGACCAAGGAUGAGCGAAAAUGGAUAGCGAUGUGGGGCAAGCACAUGAAGAGCAUAUUUUAUUGUGGAAUGAACCUGUACCAGAAAGUCAAUCACUUCCCGGGGAGCUUUCACCUCGGCCGGAAAGAUAAAUUGCACAUGAACAUCUGUCGACUGCGGAAAGAUUCGCCUAUAUCAUUGGACUUCGUUCCUCAGACAUUUUUGCUCCCCAUAGAAUCAAAGAGUUUCCACAGAGCCUGGAAAAAGGAAGGCUCGGUUCACCGGUGGAUUGCGAAACCGCCUGCGUCUUCGCGAGGGACAGGCGUCUUCAUCGUCUCCCGGUGGAGCCAAAUCUCGCAAAAAGUGGGAGAACCCCUGGUGAUUCAAAAAUAUAUCCAUAAACCUAUGUUGAUCAACGGAAACAAAUUCGACUUGCGCUUGUACGCCUUGGUGACAUGUUGGGAUCCGUUGAAAGUUUACGUAUACAAGCAGGGGAUGGUUCGAUUCGCCACAAUGCCGUAUUCGGACUCGGCUGAUAGCCUCGGGAAUACCUUCAUGCACUUGACGAAUUACUCCCUAAACAAAAUGAGUUCCGAGUAUUCAGACGAGCAGAAAUGGACUCUCGAUGAGCUAUGGUCGUAUCUAGAGAAGAAUCGACCCAACGCAAAAAUUGCGGACGUGUGGAGUAGUCUAGAAGACGUGAUUGUCAGAACGUUGAUCGCUGCAGAAGAUCCCAUCAUGCGCAUGUCACACACUUAUGCCCCAUCUCGUUAUUCAUGCUUCGAGUUAUUCGGCUUCGACGUUCUCCUCGAUUCAGAUUUGAAACCGUGGUUACUCGAAGUGAAUAUCUCCCCCAGCAUGAAAGCGAGCUCAGAGAAUGAUGCUCGUAUCAAAGAACCUCUAGUCAGAGAUCUGCUGAACGUGAUUGGACUUCGUUUGCCUUCCAUGGAAAAUGUACAAAUCGAUCCUACCGAUUACGGACUCGACGAGGAUGAUGUGGUUUUCAUGUCCACGAGCUUCAGCCGCAAGCAAUUGACCGUCGCGGAGUUGAAGAAAGAAGUUUUUACCUGUGAUCAGCUCGAGUUGCGCGAUGGAGCUAUCCUGGAGAAACUGCUUCCGAUCGACUUGACGACGUUGACGGAAUACGAAGACGAGUUGGAAAGGGUCUCGGAGAGUAAUUUCAUACAAGUGAUCCCGUCUCGCGAAUAUGAACACUUGGUGCCCGAUAGAUACAUGAAUAAGCUGCUCAAUGCUUGGGAAGCCCGCUACGGAGAGAAUCGUUCGAAAGGGAGAGCGCUCCUGCAAGACUUGUGUCGCAACCGAGCCCAUCUUCUACCCUCUGACGCCGAGGGAAGAAGGGUGGCAGCGAUGGUCGAAAAGAAGCGGCAGACACAAUGGAAGAAUAAUCCCACGAGGCUGACAUCGGCGCGCAAACUCCGAACCAACAUAAAGACGAUAAUAAAUCAGAGACGUCAAGCGCGGGUAGUCUCUCGCUCGAUCAGCAGCGACUCUUUCGUCAGCCAAGACUCAUCUGUCGACGGAAUUGCGGCUCAGCAACUGUGCGAUGAUGAGAAGUCUCUCUUGUGAAGUUCUGUACAUACUGUACGCGAUUCAAGCGUGUAAAAUCUGAUGAUCUGUUAAAGCCUCAUUUUUGAGGGUCUCGGAUUUCCCUGCUCUCGGAAUAUUGUGUUUUGAAUAGCGUAGUUUUUUCCAAUUCCCCAUCAAACGGACGCACAGGGGUUUUCCUAGACAACCGCAGUUUUAUACGAAUCCCGCGAGUCAAUUCCUUUCCGCGGCGAGCAUAUCGAAGUUGCGUUGGAUCAAUGGUUCUCUCAACGCUACAGCUCACGAUAUCAAAGAAACCGUGGCGCCAGAGACUGGAAAAAGGAGGGGGGAGUAUUACCCAUUACGAAUGUUCACGAGUCGUUUUGCCACGUGAAACGCUCAAAUCACGUCUACUUGUUAGGCACGCAUUGCUAGGUAUGUACAUAGGGGUGGCAUAAUUGGUGCAGAACUGCGAGAGCUGUUUGUGAAUAAAUGCCUCU